AUGUGGUGGUCCAAAUCUCAUCUCAAGCCCGCAGGUAAAACAGCACUCAUAUUGGGUGCUUCUCAGGGUGUGGGUGCAGACAUUGCUCUCAGACUCUACGAACAAGAAUGCAGUGUCAUUUUAGUAGCACGGACGGAAUCCAAGUUGAAGCAGCAGGUGGCCAGAAUUGUGCAGAGAGCCGGUGAAAAGGCCAACUCAAAGAGUGAAUCGUCUAUUGAAUACUACGUAUGUGAUGCAGCGGACUAUGAACUGACCGUCGUCAUGUGGAGUAAGUUGAUGGAGAGAGAUAUUGAUCCAGACUUUGUCUUCUGUUGUGCUGGUUCGUCUAUUCCAAAGCUCUUUGGUGAUCUUACCGGUAAAGAAUUAUCCAAUGGAAUGAAUAUCAACUAUAACACGGCCAUCAACACGGUACAUGCUGGACACAAGGCAGUCUUGGCCAAAUAUGAGAAGUUGAGACCCGAACAACAUAAGAAACGUCACCUUGUGUUAUUUUCUUCCACGGUAGCAUCAUAUCCUUUCAUUGGAUAUGCCCAGUAUGCGCCAUCUAAGGCAGCCAUCACUUCCCUUUCCAUAAUAUUGAGACAAGAGUUGGGUCCAUUCAACUACCGAGUAUCGUGCGUGUUUCCGGGCAACUUUGAGAGUGAAGGGUAUGCCGAGGAGCAGCUCACUAAGCCAGAGAUUACCAAAACCAUCGAGGGUCCGAGCAAACCCAUCCUGUCGCUCGAAUGUUGUGACAUGGUGUUGGACAAGCUCAGCAAAGGUUAUGAUUCCGUCUACACCGACUUCAUCGGGUGGGUGCUUGCCAGUCUGGUUCUAGGCGUGAACCCUAGAUACUGGGGCUUUUUCCAGGUCCUCGUUUCGUUGAUUUUUCUGAUUGUUGCACCUGUUGCCAACUACGUUGUGUAUUUGGAUGUGAAGAAGUUCUACGCCGGCAAGAAAGAUUCGACGAGAGAGCAAACAAAAACGAAAUAA